CAGGGCAGUGAACAGAGGAAGCUGUGUAAAGAGGAAGGCUUGACUGAGGUUGCAGGCACAUGAGGAGUGUGCAGUCUGUACUUUAGGUCUGCUCUUAAUGUCUGCAUCAUGGGUUUGCUGGACUUUACUGCUUCUCAGCAGUGGCCUGACACAGGCUCUGGAUGGGGGGAUGCUGUACCCCAGAGAGACCCCUAGUAGAGAGCUAAAGGAGCUCAAUGGGAUCUGGAGCUUCAGGAUUGACAAGUCCCCACAGAGAGAUGAAGGCUUCCAGAAGCAGUGGUACAAAAGGCCACUUAGAGAGAGUGGUCCCGUGAUAGACAUGCCAGUGCCCGCCAGCUUUAAUGACAUCACUCAAGACAUCACCUUGAGGGAUUACAUCGGUUGGGUCUGGUAUGAGAAGGAAGUUGUAUUCCCAAGACGUUGGGUAGAAGACAAAUCUUCAAGAGUUGUGCUACGAGUUGGAAGUGCCCACUAUUUCUCUGUUGUUUGGGUUAAUGGAGUCCAGGUGACGCAACAUGAAGGAGGUCAUCUUCCCUUUGAAGCCAACGUAACCAGCCUCUUGAAGGGUGGCGUGGGUUCUUCCUGCCGUAUUACUAUCGCGGUUAAUAACACCCUGACACCAACUACUUUACCCCCUGGGUCCAUCAAGUACAUGCAAGACCCACAAAUGUAUCCUGAAGGCUAUUUUAUCCAAAGUAUAGAUUUUGAUUUUUUUAACUAUGCUGGUAUUCAUCGUCCUGUGCUCCUGUAUACAACUCCUCUGGUUUAUAUAGAUGACAUCACAGUUAUUACAGAUGUCAGUGGUGACACAGGAUUGGUGAACUAUGAAGUUGUUGUAGUUGGCUCCGAUUAUUAUUCUGUAUCAGUAACUCUACGUGAUCAGGAAGGACAAGAAGCAGCGACUGGACUAGGUGCUAUAGGACAGCUGAAAGUAGGAAACGCCAAACUUUGGUGGCCUUACCUGAUGAGUGAAAAUCCUGGAUACCUUUACACUCUAGAGGUUAAGGUGAAUGCCGAUACCGAGAAAGACCUGUUGGAGGAUGUUUAUAUUUUGCCUGUGGGAAUAAGGACCGUACAAGUCUCUGGUGAUAGAUUUCUCAUAAAUGGCAAACCAUUCUACUUCCAUGGAGUCAACAAGCAUGAAGACUAUGAUGUUAGGGGUAAGGGGUUGGACUGGCCCCUAAUCAUAAAGGAUUUUAACCUGUUGAAGUGGCUUGGGGCAAACUCCUUCCGUACUAGCCAUUACCCAUAUGCAGAGGAGAUCAUGGACCUUUGCGAUAAAUACGGCAUUGUGGUGAUUGAUGAAUGUCCUGGAGUAGGCAUUAGGCAACCAGAAAACUUUGGAAACCAAUCACUUCGCCACCAUUUAGUUGUCAUGGAGGAGCUGGUGCGCAGGGAUAAAAACAGACCGUCAGUGGUUAUGUGGUCCGUUGCUAAUGAACCGGCCUCCCAACUCCCACCUGCUGGAUAUUAUUUCAAGACUGUGAUUGCUCACACUAAAGAACUUGACCCCACCAGGCCUGUAACUUAUGUGUCCAAUGCCCCGUAUAACAAAGACCAAGGGGCUCCAUAUGUGGAUGUAAUAUGUGUGAAUAGCUACUUCUCCUGGUACCACGAUGCCGGCCAUCUAGAGGUGAUUCAAAUCCAGCUUAAUAACCAGUUUGAGAAAUGGUACGACAUGUACCAGAAGCCCAUUAUACAGAGUGAAUAUGGAGCGGAUACAAUCCCUGGAUUUCACAGUGACCCCCCAUUAAUGUUCACUGAAGAAUACCAGAGUUUGGUGCUAAAAAACUAUCAUUCAGUGCUUGAUGAAAAGAGGAAGAAAUAUGUCAUUGGUGAACUCAUAUGGAAUUUUGCAGAUUUCAUGACAGCACAAACCGUCACCAGAGUUGUGGGGAACAAGAAAGGCAUCUUUACUCGACAGCGCCAACCCAAGUCAUCGGCCUUCAUUUUGCGGGACAGAUAUUGGAGGCUGGCUAACGACAAAGGCUAUAUGUAUCAGAACCCUAGGUAUUAAAUAUUUUAAUCUCUACCUCACAGGAAUAUUACAUGGUAGGUUUACAGAGGAAGGCUCUCUACUGUUUGUGACCAAGUUUGGUUUUAGGUAAACCUUAAAGAUCGAAAGUGCCAUGUAAGUGCCUUAAAAAUUUACAGGGAAUACUUUGUACACUUGCAAGUGUAUGUUUACUUCAUCAAAGCAUGAUGGAUAAAUGGUUACUGUUAAAUCUGUAACAGAUACUCCAAUAUAUUGGACGUGGCCAUCUUGUAAAGCUGUUUUUUGUUUGUUUUUGUUUACUUAUGUAUUUCCAUGUUGGGAAAAUAACAUUCAUUUCCUUGCAUGUCACCCUUCGUGAUAUGGAACAUAUAUAACUGAAUUUGCAUAUAAAUUACAUUUUUUGAA